CUUCCACAGCCAGAAUUUCGCAAUGGCUUGCUGUAGAUCAAUGGUUCAAGGAAGCCUUCUCCUAAACCCGAUUCCCUCGGUCGUUCCGAAAGGCAACCUUCCUUCGAGGGUCGGUAGACAUAGAAGUGGCGCAAGGAUCAUCAAGUGUUGUCUCUUCUCCAUGAGGGAUUUUCGGCCGCAAUUGGAUGAGUACCCCGAAGGUAUCAUCUCCGGCGAGUGGACCGAGAACUUCUCUUUGUUGAGCUUCGAUGAUCUCCGUGCCUACCUCGAAUCGCAAGUCCCCGUUGAUAAGGGGCAACAACCUUGGCUGCUAGGAGAAGUCAUGUCGAAGACGAUAUUGACGACGACGGUCGAUCGGAAGCUCGAUGAGGUCAACCAUCACUUCGAUGUCAUCUCGGCAUUGCCGGUUGUCGACGAUCAACUCAGAUGCAUCGGGGUCAUUUCCAAGAGUGACAUAGCAAAAGCUUCACAAGGGGCGAGAACAAAGGUUGGCGAAGUCAUGUCUUCACCCGCGAUCACGCUAUCGACCGAAAAGACGGUCAUGGGUAAUCAUUUUCGCAUAAUUGUGUAUAUGAUCGGCGCGAUAAGGAUCGGCAAACUAUUAAUUGCUACUGACGUUUUGUUGCUUUGCAGAUGCUGCAGCUCUAAUGCUCAAGAUGAAGAUUCAUAGGAUACCUGUUGUGAACAAGGGAGGGAAAGUCACAGGAAUCGUGACUCGAACUGACAUAUGGGAAGCCUUAGAGGCCAUGGAGCAGUAGUUAGACCCUUUUGCAACUUGUACCUGUAAAUAUGUUGAGAUGAUAUUAACAAAUAGACGAUAUGAAUAAACGUUUUGUGAGAACAUCUUAUCCUUUAUCUAACUUUUGGGUAUUCGAUCCGACCAGGAAAGGGGGAAGCCUAAGCUAGUCGCAACGUAACACUCCAUGCCUCAGCAUGAGCUUGCCUAAGAGAUCGAUCUUUUGAAGUUAUACCGACUUAAACAUCGAAGGGUUUCACAUUAAUAGACUCCUGAUUAAGGACAAUAUUGUAUUGUUGUGGUCUCGCGACACUUCUUUAGUAGCUGUAGUCUACUAAGCUUCCUAACUCAUUUCGCAAAGGCUGAUGACGACCAAUUGCAAAGGACAAGCAUGACAGCCAUACUCCCUCACCCGAAACCCUCCGACUCUGCCAGCUAGUCGUGCUUCUACCACUAUAACAAACAUGAAAGGAAAGAAAAGAAAAAGGAAAAUCAUUGAUUUGGCGUCGAUAAACACAAACAACUUAAGGCUCAAUUCGUCCUUCUACGGCUCAUGUAUUUCACAAUCUUCUUCUUCGUCAAGUUUGUUUGUUAACAAUUAAUAAAUAAGCACUAAAAGACAACCUUUAGGUGACCCUCCCCCCUCUUAAUGCUGCAUGCAUAGCGUGUGUCCUCACCCCCUUCACUAGCUUCCUCUGCAUAUACUUCAAUUCUACUCGAUCGAGUUUCAUCAGUAUACUUUCAACAACCCUCGACAUGAAGAGGGACUUCGGGUUGUUCCAUGACCACCAUCGCCUCUUCGGGGGCGAUGGAAUGGUUAUCGCGUUGUGGAGGUGCAUCAGGGUGCCGGUGGUGGUGCCGUUGCUCCGGGCUUCCGUCUAUGUCUGCACUGCCAUGUCGGUGAUGUUGUUCGCGGAGAGGGUGUACAUGGCCAUGGUGAUCCUAGUGGUGAAGGUGUUGAGGUUGAAGAGGUACACUAAGUAUAGAGUUGAGAACGCGAGGAAGAAGAUUGAGGCCAACAAGUCACACCCAAUGGUACUAGUACAAAUCCCCAUGUUCAAUGAGAAAGAGGUUUAUCGUCUCUCGAUCGGCGCCGCCUGCUCGAUGUCAUGGCCAUCGAACAAGAUCAUCGUCCAAGUCCUCGACGACUCAACCGAUCUCUCCGUCAGGGAAAUGGUGGAGCAAGAGUGCAGGUCGUGGGAAUCCAAGGGCGUCCACAUCAAGUACGAGUUCCGCACCAGCCGGAGCGGAUACAAGGCCGGCGCCCUCCGCGAAGGCCUGGAGAAGCCCUACGCCGGCGACUGUGAGUUCGUCGCCAUCUUCGACGCCGACUUCCAACCUGACCCCGACUACUUGUGGCGGACCAUCCCCUUUCUGCUCUCUAAUCCCGACCUCGCCCUGGUUCAGGCAAGGUGGAAGUUUGUGAAUGCUGAUGAAUGCAUGCUGACACGCCUCCAAGAGAUGUCCCUGGAUUACCAUUUUAGUGUGGAGCAAGAAGUGGGAUCGUCGACUUACUCAUUCUUCGGAUUCAAUGGGACUGCUGGAGUGUGGAGGAUGCAAGCCCUGGCUAAUGCCGGUGGAUGGAAAGAUCGAACCACUGUGGAAGACAUGGAUUUGGCUGUUAGGGCCUCCUUGAAAGGCUGGAAGUUUGUGUUCAUUGGAGACCUAUCAGUGAAAAAUGAGCUACCGAGCACGUUCAAGGCGUAUAGAUUUCAGCAGCACAGGUGGUCAUGUGGCCCUGCAAAUUUGUUCAGGAAGAUGUUCAAAGAGAUAAUAUACUGCAAGAGGGUUUCAGCAUGGAAGAAAUUUCAUCUGAUCUACGCAUUCUUCUUUGUGAGGAAGAUAGUUGCACACUUUGUGACCUUCUUCUUCUAUUGUGUGAUCAUUCCAGCCUGCGUUCUGCUGCCAGAUGUUCGUCUUCCAAAGUUUGUAGCUGUUUAUAUUCCAUCUGCAACCACUCUACUCAAUGCCAUCUGCACUCCAAGGUCCUUUCAUCUCAUCAUCUUCUGGAUCUUGUUCGAGAAUGUCAUGGCGAUGCACAGAGCAAAGGCAACCAUAAUAGGGCUUUUCGAAACCAAUCGUGUCUACGAGUGGAUUGUCACCGCAAAGCUAGGGAACGCUUCGAGAAACAAGAGCAGUUCCAGGUCACAGAAAAGAUAUCAAUGCCACAUAGUAGAAAGGAUUCAUAUGAUGGAGAUCUUAAUGGACAUAUUUCUCUUAUACUGCUCAAUCUACGACAUUAUGUUUGGUCAUGAUCUCUUCUAUGUCUAUUUGUUCAUCCAAUCUAUGGCAUUCUUCAUCGUCGGAUUUGGCUACGUUGGUGUAUAUGUUCCCAACUGAUGAAGAUAAAGAUGAUACUCUUUCACUCAGCCAACACCAAAUUGCACAGAAGUAACCAAGUAUGUUCUGCAUAAUAUAUUUUUCAAUAUAUUUCGAUACUCAAAUGUAACUGUAGAUGUUGUGGCUUUCCUGAUCUUAUCACAAGCAUGAUGCUACUGAAGUAUGAAGCUACGAGUAUAAGAAAAAUGAGAUAGUAGUGUAGUUUGUAAGAUCUUGUAUAAUUGUUCCUCCUAUCAUCCUAAAUGUAUAAUUGUUACUAUUUCUCAAGUUUUAAGGCGAAUCCAGUCUUGGAUAUCA